UUCGCGUCGCGGGGCAUUUGUGGCAUUCGUGAGAGUGUCCUGACGUGGCUCACUCCUAUAAAAUGAGCGCUCGAGCCGAGCAAAAGGCACCCUUUGCGCCUCCCAAAGUGUGAAGAGAGGAAGCGUCCAAACGGGCCACCAUUGCUCCCGCUGCUCAUCAACGACUCGUAUAGCGCGCUACGAAAACUCUCGCGCUAAAAAAAAAUUCGGCUUGGCUGAGAUGAUGUGCGGCCACGCACGUCGAGCGGCCGCAAACUGCGGCUGCACCGACGUGCUGAACAAAUAAACCAUGCGAAACGCAAGGCAGCAGCCCUGAGCAGCCCGCGCAAAUCGCAAAAUGCUGCGUUUCGCGCUAGUAUGCUUCGUUUUAGCUCGAGGCUUCGAGGCCUCGCGGUCAAAUUUGAACGCGUACGAGCAACCGCUGCAGCAGAGCUGCUCGCAGUGGCAAUUUCGACGGCAGCAGUGGUCACCGCGUGCACUCAAACCGCCAGCGUUGACGCGCAGCUGCUGCAAAAACAGCAGGGCUGAGCCCUCCAGCAGAUCUCUGAAAAAGCGCGCGCUCGGCUGCCGACGCGCGCCGCCGUGCAACACCACACGCGCCGCGCCUCGCGGAACACCCGCGCGCGAAGAUGUGGCCGCGCGGCCUGCUCUGCACGCUCCUCGCGGCCACCGCCGCCGCGACCCCGACCGAUGGCGGAACGACUUUCGUCGAGCGCACGCCGUUAGACAAGAUAUGGUGCCCGAUCGCGCGGGCCCCGGGCUCGCUGGACGUCUGUGGUCUGGUCGGGAAGAUCACGCCUCGGUUCUCGUCGUGUGCCUGCGAGCUGGCGUACGUGAUGGCGACGUUCCUGCUGGCGUACUACUUGUACCUCGAGGCGGAGGAGCGCGGCGUGGACUCGAGCCUCCAGUACGAGCAGUUGCUCCAGUGGAUUUCGGUCUUCAACCAGCACUACUCGCGCGAGUUUGCGCUCCUCGAGAUGACGUGGCCGCUGCUGUCCGGGUUGCGGUCUUUGACUUCCCGACGGUCUGCCAAAGGCUACGGCUUGAGUCCUCGCCCCGCCGUCGACCUCGUCCAGGCGCAGAAGGACGUCGGCCGGUCGUUUUGGGCCAAGUACUUCUGUUCCGACCGGUGCGCGAAUCAAGUUUCACAAGCGCCUUCGACGCCAUCGACGCGACAUCUGGUCGACGACGUGGCGGCACGGGUCUCUUGCCACUCGAUUUAGCCAGUACGCAAAGCGCACAUGAUUCACGGGUUGAUUUACACAGGCUCCGACUACUACAUGAGCCGCUACGUCUUCGACGUCCUGGCCUACUCGGCGCCGGCGCAGCGCUGGCGGACGUCUCUGGCGCUCCAGUACAACAUUCACAACGGCACGGCCAUCAACAUCGUCAUCGUACCCGCGGCGCAAAUAGUGCAAAACUACGCGCACGCCAACAACAGCGGUCCCGAACCGUGUCGUAGUGCCUUCAACUUGCGGUGUACUGAUACGACCCUCUCUCACUCGUCGAACCCCGCGCAGGCAAUCAGGCACACUACCAGGCCGUCUACCAGCACGCGGCCCAGCACUUCCUGCAGCACAACGCGCUGCCGGGCAACGCCCCGCUGCACCAGUUCGUCGGCGACGAUGGCGUCGUCGGCCGGGCCUACGACUUCGACCUCGACGCCAUCGACGACGCCGCGGCCGAGGCCGACGACGAGGACGACGAGGACGCGUCCAUGCCUGACGCGGAGCGGGCCGUCGUCGCCAUCGUCGCGUCCCACGUCGUCGACGCGCCGGCGGCCGCCGCCGACGCUUUAGAUGUGGCCGCGCUGCCGCGCCUCGCCACGACGCUCUCGGCGUUCGACGCGUUCUCGGCGCCGCGCCUCGCGUUCAUCGCCGCGGCGCCGUCGCGCGCCGAAGGCGCGCGCGACGCGGCGGACGACGGCCUGGACGCGGGCGCCUUCCUCGAUUUAGGGGACUGCGGCGAGCAGCCCUUCGCGGCGACGGCUUCGGCCGGACCCGCUCUACAAGCUCUACACGCCCGGUGCCCUGAACUGGCCCUGGCGCCGACCUCCUUCAUCAGACGCCUCGCGUCGGACCCCGGCGCUCUAGAUCGGUUUACCGAAGCUGUAGCGUCGUCCACGACGCUGGAUGCGGCGGCCGGCCGCGACCUCGAGAGCUCUGCUUUUUACGCGCCUACGCUGUUCGCCGGGUGGGACGCGCUGGGCGCUUUAGACGUGUACGACGCGACGGCUGGCACCGUUCUAGAUCGGCCUACGGCGCUACCUUUCGCGGGGGGCGCGCGGACGACCUCCCUACUAAUAGCUGCCGGCGCCGACGUGUCGCGGUCUGGCACGCACAACGCGUCGGGCGACGACGCCCUGCUGCACCUGUUCGCCGGCGCCCUAGGUCCUACUUCUACGGAAGCAGACCCUCCCGACGGCGCGGCGGCCGCGGACGGCUCGACGGACGCAGUCGACGCGAACGGUGCGGCCGUGCCGGCGACUACGACUACUGCGGCGUCGGUGCUGCGUCCCGAGCAGAAGACGCUCUACCAGAAGACGCUCACGACGCUCAAGGACAUCCGCAACAACAUCCACAAGACCGGCCACCACGGAGGGGACGGGAUUCUGAGGGAUAGACUCAACGAUCUCGCCAAAGUUUUGAGGACGCCCUGCGGGAAGCCGAUGAAUCGCCAAGCGGCCUACAUGACUGGUACGUACUGGGAGAAGGAGCCCGGCAAGAAGAAGCCGAAAAAGCUGUUCCUCACCGACACCCCUUUCCUAGCAGCGCUCAUCACGGAGCUCGAGGCGUUCCUCGGCCUGGAGCCUUCGACGGUCGACGAAGCAUCAGAUGAUGAUGACGACGACGCCGAGGAGGCCGUUCCUGAUGCGUCUGCGGCGGAGGCCCGCCGCUUACUGGCCAAUUUGAGCAGGGACCUCAAGAAGUCGAUGGACUGGCUCAAGGCGCGCUGCGCUCAAUUUGAGGUCGACUGCUCGGAGCUCGGCGACAAAAGAGACAUUAAGGAAGUGCUGGUCUCGCGGCUCAAGGAGAUCGUGGCGGACGCCGACGAAGCCCUGAGCGUCGAAGCCCGAGCCAAGGUCGUCAUGCACCUCAUCGCCAAGGAAGCCAAGGGCUCUGGUCUAGAUGCCGACGAGGACGAGUUCCGCCGCGUGCUUUGGUUUGUGGCGUGCGCCGGACGGGCUAUUCCCUUAGAAAUUGUGCUGCGGAACGACUUCCUCUCGGCCGCCCUCGCGUGCUUGCAGAAGACGUUACCUUCCUCGGAGUCGGACGCGCCGCCGCCGGCGAAGGUGCCGCGUACCGCGGCGUCUUAUUUAGAUAAUGAGCUGUGGGAGAAGAUCUGGACGUUGCUCGACGGCGAGGCCGCGGACACGUUGCGGAUGGUGUCGCGCGCGGGCAACGCCGUCGUGCCGCAGCGCUUAGCGGUCUCGAUGAAGGGCCGGCGACAGGCGGUCGUGAACGAAGACACGGACCCGAAGUCGCGGCGGACGAUGCUGCGGCCCGAGUUCCUGGCGGUGGACGUCAACGCGCCGAAGCCCGAGGUGCUCGCAAAGGUUGACGAGAUCGCGCGACUGUUGCUGUUAGACCCCGGGAAAAGCACGGUCCACGAGGGUAUGGAGGGUCGCGCUUCUACGCCCGGGGAGCACAUGCGCAAUAUUACUGAUCAAGUUCCUUUCGCUGCGGUCGAGCUCGCGCAGCUCUGUUUGAAGCCCGACGACCGCGACAAGUGGUUUAGGAAGUGGACGAACGACGACGUCGGGUGCACGAUCAUUACCCACAUCAAGACGCACUCGGUGAAGAAAUUACUGGAGCAUUACGUCGACGGGAUUCUGCGGGGCGAGACGGAGCAUGUUUUAGAUAAGGUCGUGUCGACGCCGUCGGCGUACGUCGAGGUCACGCUUAGGACGUCGCUGGAGACGUAUCGGGACGCGAGCGACACUUUGCGGGGGUGCUUCAUGGACACGAAGAAGACGAUCCCGUCGGGCAACUACGGCAACGCGCGCAAGCACUCUACGCCGGCAGCUAUUAAGAUUAUUAGGGACGCGACCGUCGCGAUCGAGGCGCGGCUCGCGGUGCUGACGAAGGACUACCCGGCCAAGUUCGACAAGGCCGUCAAAUUCUUCCUAGGGCGGUUCAAGCCCAAGGACGACGCCGAGGCGGCGGAGGCCGCGGCGUGGCGGUCGUGGCUCCAGAAUCCGAACCACGUCAACGCGGUCGCGCGGAAGGCGGCCGGCGAGGUCAAGAAGAAGCGGCGUAAGUAGUGAUGUGAAUUAUGUAACGAAGGAUUAUGUACCCCAGGGAAGGAGAC